CCAAGGCACUGGCAUAGUUCGUUAAGGAGAAUCAAAUCAAACCAGACACACCUACAAAUCCAAAUCAUUCGUUGCCAUUUAUUUCUUUCCUUCGAUAAUUCUCUUUUCUCCGGUUUUAUCAGAAUCCAGUAAUGGCUGCUCAAAAUAUUGCAGAUGAACUUUUGAGGCAAAGAAAUGAAGAAUUGGAAGUUGAAUUGAAGAAGAGUUUGGAACGGGAAGAAAGAAUGAGACGAGAGCUUGAAAAAACUACACAAAGACUUUAUGUAGUUGAAGAAGCAGAGGAAAGACUUUGUUCUCAACUUGGUGAAUUAGAAGCUGAAGCUUUAGACCAUGUACGUUUAUAUCAAGCUCAGAUUCGGUCUUUACAUGAACAACUUUCUCAGGCUCAAACGCUUCUCCAAUCUGUUAAUUCUUCUUCUCCCAACCGUUUUAUCAAAGUGAGUUAUUAGAUCAAAAGAACAUAAAACACCCCAAGAAAAUCAUGUGGGUUAAUUCAGUUAUAAAUAUUACUUGGGUUUGUUUCUAGUUUGAUUUUGAGAUGUAAGAGUUUGUGUAAAUCUCUUGGGUGAGUUGUAAGAAAUUGUUGGUUCUAAGCUUUUGAGAUAAUCAGUG